GCCUGGCCUCGCUUGUCAGCUUGGGGGCGGGCCGCUACUCCCCGGUGUCCUAGGAGGCCCUUCUGCUGCUGGAGGGGAGGAGACCGCGAUUGUCGAGGGCUGGCCGGAGGUUGGGGGGGUUGGAGGUCAGAGGUCGGAGAUCGUGCCUUUGUGGAAUGUCGGGGCCCCACCCGUUUAACUCAGUUAAGAAAAUGAGGCAGAUGGAAGUGCUAACCAAGACUUUCCAAGGCCCAGCUGUUGUCUGUAGGACUCCGACCAGCCACGUUUACAUGUUUAAGAAUAGCAGUGGGGACUCAGGGGACUCCUCUGAGGAAGAGUCACACCGUGUACUUCUGCGGCCCCGGGGCAAAAAGCGCCAGAAGAACGGUACCCACCACCCUCCCCAGCCAGGAGCAGGCGACGUGGUGCUGCUGCAGCGGGAGCUGGCCCAGGGGGACAGCCUCAACAAGCUGGCUCUUCAGUAUGGCUGCAAAGUCGCAGAUAUCAAGAAAGUCAACAACUUCAUCAGAGAACAAGACUUAUAUGCUUUGAAAUCUAUUAAGAUUCCAGUGAAAAACCAUGGGAUCCUAACAGAGACCCACGAAGAACUAAAACCCCUCCCAAGCCCAUCCUCAGAGACCAGAGUGACCUUCGUGGAACUGCCAGACCCAGACAGAGCAGCAGCAGGCACCGAUGCCCAGGCCAGCCAGCUGACAGAUUUCUUUAAGGGGAUUGACCAGAACAUUGAGCGUGCAGUGCAGUCAGAAAUCUUUCUAAGUGAAAGUUACUGUGUAGAGACCUAUGACCAGCCGCUGCUCCCAGCUCCCCCGAAGACACCCACCAAUGGUGCAGACUGUGGAAUUCAGUGGUGGAAUGCUGUUUUUAUCAUGCUUCUCAUUGGGAUUGUUUUGCCAGUGUUUUAUUUGGUCUAUUUUAAAAUACAGGCUACUGGUGAGACCCCUAAUAGCUUGAACACAACCGCAGUCCCCAAUGGCUCGAUGGCACUGGGUGCAGUUCCAUGGCAAGCCCCCAAAUUAGCAGUUCCAGUGCCAGCCAUCACCUCUUCCAACAGUCAGUUCAGUCAGACCACCCAGGCAGGUAACUAAGCUGUUGUUUUUAAAGAAUCAGCCCAGCUUCAGCAGUUGAAUCUUGAUGGGCAUUUGCUGUUAUAGGACAUAUCCUAGGGGUGCUGCAUUUUGUCUCCUGGGACGUCUGGAUGCAUUUCACAAGUCACCAUGGUGUUCUUGAUCACACUGACCCUGGGGAAUGGCCUCGCAGAAUCCAAGGCUGCAGGAUCCAAAACACCAGAUCCCUCAGCCUCCUAUAUCCAGAGAGGUGCAGCAAGAGAGACAUUGACAUGUGACAGGUAGCUGUUUCUUAAAGGCAUUUAGGGGACUGGCUGUGAGCGUUUUCACAGUAGCACUAUGUGGGCCUCCAAGUUGGUUGUGCUCGGAGGGAUAGGAAUGGCCUCAGCCAGGGACCUGCAAUGUGGGAGUCCUGGGGGGUUGGGUUGGAUGACUGUUACAGUGUCCCCACUUGCUGUAGAGAGCGGACAGUCUCUGAGAAGUGUUAUUUGUCUCCCCAGCAAAGGUGCUAUGGAAUAGUCUUGGUACGUCACCUGUUUUAGAGUGACAAAUUACAACAAGCCCUACUUCAUAUUUGCCUCGUCAGUUAGCCUUUUGGAGGCAAUGCUGCUUCUAGAAUUGAAAAAACCCAAAUCCAUACUGCUGUGCUCCUACUUUUACAGCUACUUAGUCUGACCCACAGGCAUGUCUUAAGCUGACAUGUGAAGCUGUAGCCCAGUUUCGCGUGAGGAUUGCGUGAGGAUCGUGUGAGGAGCAUCAGUGUAGUCAUGGUUGCCUGGAUCCUCCAGGUCAGCAUUCUUGGGAGGAGUGCUUGCUGGCCAGCAUCUGAAGAGAAGCAUCUGGAGACAAGGCAACAAUGGUGCUGUGGAUGGGGCAGGGCCAGGACCCUGCUGCAGCCUGGGAGUCAGUCUGCUGGCUCACAGCAGGGGAGGGGCAGCGGUGGCUGGCAGCUCAGCCUCUGAGAGUUCUGCAGAGAGGGAGGAAACAUGCUGCACAGUGCUGAGCUUCGGGGAUGGUUGAUACACUUGAUACCUUAGGCCUAGAGAUAAAUGUAAAAGAUCUCAUCAUGUGAGAGGAGGGGAGGGUGGCAGAAGAGUACUUGAGAUAGGCUUCCAACUUUAUUCCUCUUAAUUGCGUGAAAAAUGUGUUGCCCAGGAUUCAAUUAGCAUAUUUAAAUUAUCUUCAAAAUUCAGUAUUUUCUUAAAAGCCAAAAUUAUUUUUGGGAUAAAAUGAUGUUGUGAACCUUUGCUACAGGAAGUGUUUUGAUCACAUAAAUGCUUUUUCAGCCCCAUGUUUGUGCUCACUGUGCUGCUGAGGGCCACAGAGUUUGCUAAGACUUGUCACCACCAUUCACUUCACCAGGAGCGCUCUGAGUCCUGUGGGAAAAUCACUUUUGCCAGGCAAAGAAUGAAUGUCUGUAUCCUUUUCCGAAAUGGAAUAAAAUCAUUUCUUCUGUGAAGGAUAAUUGAUUUUCCCCUUUUUAGUUUGAAGAUUGACAAUUCAGAAUUAAAAGAUGUGGUAAAUGUUGGAAAACAUGGAGGUGUCCUUGUGCAGGGUGACAGGGUGAGGCCUGUGCCUCCCUGCUGGGGCCGGGCCCAGCAGCCCAGGGCCUGUGCUGGGACUGAGGUCACGUGGGUGGUUGAGGAACAGAAAGUGGUAACUACCACAUUCUGGCUGAUUGGUCUGUGUAAAUGCUUUAAAAUUGUUUUGUUAUAUAUAUGUAAGAAAUACCUUGAAGCUUAUUCUCUAUGUUACUACAUUUUCCAUGUCUUUGGGGAGUUAAUGUUUAAAAGAAAUAAUUGGACUUGUUAGAUAGUCUAAUCUUUUUGGUUGAACUAGAGUGCUUAAUGUCGAAGCCUAAGGAAUCUCCAUUGUCGGGCAAAUGAUGCUCUGAAUUUACUCUGGGGAGACUAGGCUGCAGGGACUAAGCAGGUGCUUUAGGGUCACGCAGAGCAGCAGGGGUCCAGCAGAGGUGAGGAAGGUGAGGCAGGGCCUGGGAACGUGGAGGGGAAGGGUGGGAGGAGGCAUGCUGAGAGCCAUGGAAUUGAGAGGAGUCACUUGGGAUGGUAGGGACAGGAGGCUGAGCUGGGUUGUGGGACUCAUGAAGAUUUCUCUUUAGGAAAGACUGGGCUGCAGUCCUAGGAGCAAAGACAAUCAUCACAUAACCUAUGGUGCUCACUGGAUGCCAUAUCAUGCCGUAAGAGCUUUGAACACUAAACCAUUUUAUCCUCGCAACCUCCUCACGUGGUAGGCACUUAUUAUCCCAGUUCUGCAGAUGGAAAAACUAAGCUAAGACCACAUAGUUGGUUAAUGGGGGUGCUGCAGUAGCCCAGGCUGACAGGUGGGGAGCCUGUGCUCUUAAUCCCUUUGGUAUGAGCCUUGCUGCUCUGUCACCUGCCUGACAGUCCACUGUGGGCCUGGGGGAGGGUGCUGAUGGACUGGACCAGGUCAGAACAUGGGGACUGCUCAGGCUUCUCUGGCUACACUGCACAGGUCGUUAUGGCCUCCCAAGCCAGGGCUUCAGGCGGGGCUUCUUUCAACAAUGAAAAAUUAAAAUUUCUACUGACCCACCUGGAGCACUGGGCCUUACAGUGAUGAGAAAAGGCAGACCUAUUGCCUGAAUCCCAACGAGAACUGUAGAAUCAGCAUUUAUCUGCCCCCUUUCUUGGUAGUGAAAAAUCAAUCAGAUUUAGCCCUUGAGGCAGUGGGCCAGGUUCUUUGUGAGAAGUAAACCUGGGUUGUACCAGUUAAGGAGCCUCCCUUAGCUGCUUCUUUCCUACUGCUUAACGCCUUGGGACAGGGUUCCUCCAGGCUUUAUUUCUGGACAGGAGGGACAAAGCCAGACCAAGUAGGGGCAUGCGGUGAUGAGAGUAUGGACAGCAUCCAUUUUUGCCUGUUCUCCAAGAGCCAGCUGGGUACAGUGCAACUGCUGAGAGAGGUGAGGCCAGGCUCCCUACCUCCUGCACAGCCAGUCAGGCCCCAGUGCCCCAGAAGGACCAGCAUGGUGGUGAUGUGCAGCUCCAACCUCUGACCUGUACCUCUUCCCAUCCCUGCUCAAAUUACAGGUGCCCCACGAGACUGCCACAUCUGCACAUGAUGGUGGUGGGGUCUUUAUCAACUCAGGGGAGACUCCCAGAUCUUCAGAAAAUAUUGGGUUAUCUUAAAUUACCAUUUCACUACCCUUAAUAAGGAAUAUGUGCUACUUUUCAUCCAUCCAUCCAUCCAUCCAUCAAUAAACCUUCCAGAACACCAAUUAUAUGCCAAGAGUAGAUGUGAUAAGAAGAUGUGGCCCCUGCCCUCGGGGUGCUUAUAACCUAGUGGGAAAGAUAAGACCCAUGAGAGUACUGAUAUGGUGGAAAAUGCUGGGUCCCGUGAAAGGGAGAUGGGUAAGAUGACAAGUGGUUCAUAAAGCAGAAAGGUAUUCUAGAGGAGGUGACAUUUCCUUAGUUGACACCUGAAAGGAGGGUGGGAUUUAGUAAUGUGACUGUAGCAUAAUUGACUCCAUCUUGGGUCCUUAGUACUUGUUAUGUCUUUGUGAGAGCUUUGCCAUGAAGUUAUACCGUGACUAGGGGAAAGGUAGUUAAGACCAUAGAUAGGGACAACCUGCUGACUGUAAAGAAGGAAGCAUUAAGUACCAGUGUGGCAAUAAGCAGGCCUGGUCACCUGCAUCAAUAUUUGGAGCUGGUUAUGUUAAGCUUGUUUACAAGAUGCUUGUAUAAACCUGAGCUCAGCCUCGAGAUAGCAUGGAGAGAAGCUUGGUAUGUGCUUUUCGGUUGCCAUCUGCCUGGCCCAUUACUCUGUAAGUUGCCCUGUAAUAAAAUUCU